AUGAAUUGGGGGAGGGGUGCGUGCGAGAAGGAGGGGGAUGUGGGCUUUGGGACGGCACGCCCCGCGCCGGCCCUCCGCGCGGCCCCGCUCUCGGCUGGGCCCCUGGCUACCCGCGUGGCGGUCCUGCUACUACCGAGCCCCGGGCACCCGCGUCCGCGCUGCCCUGCAGCCGCCGCUGCUCCCGGCCUCCCGGGCGUCGCGGCCGAUGUGCAGGACCCGCGCUCCCUGGGGUCGAGUGGCUGCGCUUUCAGCCCUGAGCGCCGGCUCCGCGGUGCCGGGGGCGCCCGAAAGCUGCCGAGGAAACCAAAGUCCAACAUGAAUAUUCCUUACAGAAAGGAUGUAAUCUGCGCGAAUGAAUUUCCAACAUUCACCAUUCCCCAACAGGAGCUGCUUAAACAAACGCUUAUCAUCUUUCCCACCACAGGAAGGCAUUUGUCUGCCUAAUGACCUGCGAGCAGGAAGGAUAUCCUGUAACCUCACUUUGUUCUGUUGACCUUCACCGGAGCUGCCUCCACCUAUCCCUUUAAAAGAAGAUGGGACAGUGAGCCCAGUGGGUGCUCAAGAAACCUUUGUUAAAUUCAUUUCCCGUUGUUAGUUUCAUUGUCUAUAUUAGACAAUCCUUCAGUGCAUUAUUUUAAAUUUGUAUUUGUUCCAUCGAUGUUUCUCAAACGCUUCUUACAUACGAGGCCGUGUUCUAUGCAGGCGAGGGUAGGAGGUGACCUGGUGUCCUAGGAGGGAGGCUGGUGCUUUGGGGGUUAGGAAAUGAGGGGAGGAAGCAGCAUUUGAGGCUGGGUGGAAGAGAGGCAGGAGCAGAAGGCUGGGGAGACUGCCACUGGCCAAGUUUUGUUGCCUGUUGGGUUCUGAAGCAUCUGCGUAGCUCGAUUUUGGUUGAAGGUUGGGCUUAGUAUGUAUUUCUUCAGCUGAUGCACAUGAGAUAAAAUAUGUAUAUUCUGAGAGAGAUACAGAUUGCUUCCGAAAAUGAUGCAAAGAAAGAAUUGUAUAUGUGAUCUUUCUGGUUUUUUUUCCUGAAUAAAUCUUAAAUUGUGGUGAAAUGGUAGCUCAGGUUCUUUGAAAAGCUUGACAUCCUUUAAAUAGCCUGCCCAUUCAGUAUGCAUUGGAACAACAGCCAUUGCAGGUGGUUCCUCAUGGG